AUGGCUCGUUUAAAAGUACAGAACAAAAAUACAAAAGCUCAUCACGAAGCAAAGAAAAGAAGGCAGCGCGAAGCUAUGAGAAGGCUACGUGAAUCAAGGCGACAGGAUCCAGAGAAGUAUGAAGAAGACAAGCGAAAAGAACGGGAACGGUAUUACCGGAGAAAAGAAGCUGGCCAAAUUAAAACCAUUGACCAAAUGUCAGAAAGAGAAAAACGGAAUCAAGGAAAGAGUGGCGGAAUAGAAGUAAAAAACACUAUCUUGGAAAGAAAAAUGCAAAGGAGCUCGAGCUUAAAUUACAAGAAAACUCACCACCUGCCACUCCAAUCCCGGAAGAACUAA